CCUGCCACUUGUAGGCCGGUAUAACAUCAUGUCCUCCGCCGUCAGGAAGCAAGCCCCACGUCUACCGAGGCCAGCGGCGCGCUACUGGAAAGGCAAAGCGCCCAAAGGCGUUGCCGACGUUCCGUCCGACUCCGACGAGGAAGAGGAACAACAAGAGGUGCAGGAGGAGGGCGAUGUGCUCAUCGGCGGCGACCAGGAAUUUGGAGGCGACAACGAGGAGGAGGAGGAGGAGGAGGAUGUGGCGACGGCGCGGCCGGUACCGAAGAAGCCGAUGAAGGCGAUGAACGUCGCGCUGAAGGACGUCAAUAUCUCGCGGGACGGCAAGGUCAUCGUCGCCGGAAGGGAAGAGUCUGGGAAGACGGCCGUGGAGGAGGAGGAGGAGGAAGAUUCAGAAGACGAGUCGGAAGAAGAAGGCAGACCUCGUGCGCCAGGCGAAGCCGAAUCCGAAGAGGAGUCAAGCGAAUAUGAAAGCGAAUCCGAAGAAGAAGAAAAACCCAAGCUGCAGUUCCGGCCCGUGUUUGUACCAAAACGCGCUCGCGUCACGGUGGCUGAACGGGAGGCGGAAGCGCAAGACACCGAAGAGGCUCUCAAGAAGAAAGAGCAGGAAGCGGAAGAGCGCCGGAAACAGAGCCACGACAUGGUUGCCGAGAGCAUCAAGCGCGAGCUCGCGGAAAAGGAGAAAGAGGAGAUCAUUCCCGACGUCGACGACACGGAUGGACUUGACCCCGAAGGUGAAUUCGAGGCAUGGCGGCUGCGUGAACUUGCGCGGAUAAAGCGUGACAAGGAAGACGAGGUGCGGCGCGAGCAGGAGCGAGAAGAGAUCGAGCGCCGGCGCGCGCUACCCGAAGAGCAGCGACUGAAAGAGGACCUCGAGCGGGCUCAGAAGACGCGCGAGGAGAAGCCAAAGGGACAACAGAAAUUCUUGCAGAAAUACUGGCACAAAGGCGCCUUCCACCAGGACGAGGAGAUCCUCAGGCGGCACGACUACACCGAGGCGACGCAGUCGACCGUCGACGUCUCGCUCCUGCCGAAGGUGAUGCAGGUCAAGAACUUUGGCAAGCGCGGCCGGACAAAGUACACGCACCUCGUCGACCAAGACACGACGCAGGGCAACGGCGGUUUCGGCGCCGCGGGCAGCGUCAAGGCCGGCGGCAAAUCGACGGACGCGGGCGGGUGCUUCCUUUGCGGAGGACCGCACCUCAAGCGGGAUUGCCCGCAAAAUCUGAACCUGCCGCCGGGCCAGCGCCCGACGACGGGCGCCAACGGCGUCGCGGCAGGCGUCUCCAAGGAAUGGGGCGCGCAUAACGACGUGCGGGAGCCGCGCGGCUCGUGGAAGGACAAAGACGACGGCGUACGCCCGCGAGACGAUGGGUGGAAAGACCGGCCAUCCAGGCGAGACGACGACGGGAGAGACGAUCGCGGAACGUAUCGCGACCGCGACCGCGGGCGGGGAGACGGCUACGACAGGCGCGCGAGGGACGGCCGGCCGCGCUACGAUUCGCGUUCGCGCUCGCCUCCGCGGAGAGAUAGGUGGAGAGCCGACGAUCGGCGGGGCAGCAGGCGACAUUCACGCUCUCGUUCGCUCGAGCGCGACCGGCGGGACAAGCGGAGACGGGUCGACUGAUCUUCGCCUCUCCCAGGGACACCGUAUAUUCCAUUAUAAAUUCGAGCGAGAGAGAGGGAUGUGUACGACUAUAAGAUGCUACCACGGACGGCCGCUCGCCGCGAGUCCCUCGGCGGGCAAAAUCCCUUGCUCGACGACCGCCCGCGCGCUGACGACGCAGCCCUCGAGCAGCGGUAUCCCGCGGUGCGCGUACGACCCGCACAUCCACACCCCCGGGCCGCCCGUCGCGACGGCGCCCGGUUCUCGCCUCGACGAUCGCGGGCUUCGCGCGCCGCCCUGCAACGCGCCCAGACGCGUCUCCGUCUCCGUCCCCGAUCUCCACCUCCACCAGCUCCGCCGCUCGGGGCGGCGGCGGGCGACGUCCUCGCUCAGCCCCCGCAGCGCGUCUUUCGAGUCGAGCGUGAGCACGGCGCGUUCGAGCUUCGCGACGCUCAGCACGCGAUCGCGCCGGGGGGGCACGAUCGGAUCCGUCGUUUGGUAGAUCGCCGGGCCUCCUCCUCCUCCUCCUUCGGUGGCUGCCCGGAUGACGUGCGUCGCCAUCGUGUAAGACGCUGGGACGACGCAGCCGUCUUCUUCUUCUUCUUCUUCUUCUUCCUCCUCUUCUCCUCCUCCUUGAUCGUCGUUUCCCGGAAAUCUUUUGGUCGAGUGUGAGGAUGAUAAGAAGGCGGCGGCGGCGGCGGACGAGGUGAUGAGGUUGAGAUCCCGCCGGUCGCGCGGGUCGUCCGGAAGCAAGCCGUCGUCGGUGUGGUUGACGACGACCGCGCGCACGUACCUGAACCGCCGGAGACACGCGGCUUGCUUCGCCGCGAUGUCCGCGGGGAGGAGGCUUGCGGCGGCGGCGGCGGCGGCGGCGGCGUAGGUUUCGAGCAGGGGUGCGGCGCCGUUCGCCUGCGUGGCGAGGACGACGUGCGCGAAACCGGAGAAGGUGGCGGUGGCGGAGGAC